AUGGAGUUAGACACCGAAUCGUCAGCUGCUUGUCAGGUAGCCAAUCCGUCCGCUAUUAAAUGCAGUUCACAAAAUCUUGACAGCAAUCAAGAAUGGAAAGUUGCUACGAAUAAAAAACGACACCAAAGUGAAUCAUUAUCUAAUAAUGACACUGCAAAGAUAAAACUCAAAAGAAAAAAAACACAAUCCAGCAGGCCUCCUCGAAUAUUUAUCCGCGAAGUAGGAGAUAUCAAGCCGCUAGUGCAAUUAUUUGAAGACAAAGCCCAGAAACAAUAUAGCCUAAAACUGAUCAGUUCUUCUCAGGCUGACUUUAUACAAGAAUUCGGUUACCCUGUAGAACAGUACAACGUGACAACAAAAGAUGGUUAUAUUUUAUCUCUGCACAGAAUACCGCGUUCACCAAAAAAUGGUCCACUUUUAAAAACUUUUCAAAAUUCUGACAAUAAAGUGGUGCUGUUGAUACCAGGAUUGUUUUCAAGUUCUGCUGAUUUUGUCCUGAUGGGACCUAACAAAUCAUUAGCUUUGUUUUUAUCAGACCAUGGCUAUGAUGUCUGGUUAGGCAAUAAUAGAGGUAAUAAAUAUUCGCGGAUGCACCAAACUUUGGAUCCUGAUAGUAAUCUUGAAUAUUGGGACUUCAGUUGGCAUGAAAUGGGAACAGAAGAUCUGCCGACAAUUAUCGAUUUUGUUUUGAAUGUUACUGGGCAGUCCAAGUUGGAUUAUAUUGGGCACUCACAGGGUACAUGUGUAUUUAUCGUGAUGACAUCGACAAAACCUGAAUACAAUAAAAAAAUCAGAUCAAUGCAUGCCCUGGCUCCGUCCAUCUUCAUGUCGCACAUGAAAAGCAACGCGCUGAACUGGGCGAACGUUUUAAUGGACACAGUACAUGCUACCGAAAAUAAUUCAAGAGAGAUGUUGCGUUAUGAUGGACGCAUCAGUGUAAGUCUUCGAAAAUUUUGCAUAAUGAGUAAGUUUUCUACGAGAAUGUGUUAUGAGAUUAUAUCAGACAUGAUCGGACGCGAUGAGGAACAACUGGAUCUCAUUGGCAUUAUUCCAUUAAUUUAUCACAAUUCGCCUGCAGGAUCUUCUACAAAUCAGAUAUUACACUUUUGGCAAAAUUAUAAUACAGGAAAGUUCAACAUGUUCGACCACGGUUUGGAAAAGAACAAAGUGGUCUAUGGCCAGGAAAAGCCACCGAGCUAUAAAUUGAGCAAUGUUUUAUGCAAAGUUUAUUUAUAUUAUGGUGAAAAUGAUCUCAUGACUGGAUACGAGGUACUAAAACAACAAGAGGCUUCGAACACAAAUCAGGUAGAUAUGCUAUUAUCGCAGUUCUUAUCAGAAUUCAAAUCCAUGUUUCAACAAAUGAUGCAACAAAAUAAUAUGAUUAUGAACAUGUUAACUACACUUAUAACAAAAUCAAAUAAAAAUGACUAA